AUGACCGAGCAACGCACCAGACCUAAGGUGAAAGAGAUCAAGGAUGCAUACAACCACCUCUUCAACUCUUCUCUCAGCCUGUCCAAGCACAAAGACGCCGCACUCGGCGGCCGCCUGUUCCGCGCUGCAGACGACGCGCCCGGUGUCGUAGGCCGAAGUCUUGCUUGGAAACUGUUCUUGAUACGGGCAGAGCCUCUGCAAACCCAGGCGGACGUGAUAUCAGCAUCACCUCUCGAGGCACUGCGUGUAGCUCGCGCGGAGUAUGUGUCGCUGCUCCUGGAGAAGAUGCGCGCGCCGGACGGGAGCUAUGAGGAUGGACUUGUCGUCCCUGGGACGGGUGCGUCUCCAGCAAGGACGGAGCAGACCAGGCAGGAUCUCGACAAGAACAAUCCGUUGAGCUUGGAUGAUCAGAACCCGUGGACAGAGUGGUUCGCGCUAAUGGAACUACGAAAGACAAUCCUGCAAGACGUCGAACGCACCUUUCCAGACAUUGGCUACUUCCGUGAUGCAGAAGUGCAGGUUCAGCUCACGAACAUUCUCUUUGUUCACUCUAUCACGCACCCUGACAUCGGGUACCGUCAGGGUAUGCACGAGCUUCUCGCCCCGCUCUUUUACGCCGUCGACUAUGACUCCAUCGACGACGCCACGGAGCUAGGCGACUCCACAGUGAAAGAAUUCUGUUCGCGCUCCUGGUUGGCAGCAGACGCAUGGGCCCUUUUUGGGACUGUGAUGGCCGGCGUGAGCAAGUGGUACGAAUGGCAGGACACGGAACCGGUCGUAAACACGACAGCUCUGGCAUCUCACGUUCAUCUCAGCGUUCCUUCAGAUGGAGCCCGGCCGUAUGUUGCACCGAUUGUUCAGGCGUGCAAUCGCAUCCAGUCGACUUAUCUCAAAUCUGUGGAUCCAGAGCUAUGGAAGAGCAUGCAGAGCGCUGGUAUUGAGCCACAAAUAUACGGCAUACGUUGGCUGCGACUGCUUUUCACGAGGGAAGUUGAUAUGCAUGACUCGAUGAUACUUUGGGAUGGUCUCUUUGCAUGUGAUCCUGCCUUUGACCUAGCUGAAUGGAUCUGCGUCGCUAUGUUGAUCCGGAUACGCAACAAAUUAAUUCCAUCCGAUUAUAGCGACCAGCUGACCUUCCUCUUGCGCUAUCCACCACUUCCUACAUCGCAGGCUAGCGCAGAUCCAUCCAGCAUCCAUCAUGCGACACUUCUCCUUCGGCAAGCUCUGACCCUUCAAAUGUCACCCAGUCCUACGACGGGUGUGUCUGUCAUACAUGAAAACCGGAAUCUGCUAGAUAUCCCCGUCGAGACGCCUGAACCGCCGCCUCCCCCACCACUCCGUAGACCUCGCCCGGGUCAGAGGGGCCAGUCGUUCUCGAACACAGCUAGGAGUGCAUCGAGUGGAAAUAGUAAAGCCAACCAUGGACGUCAGCAGUCUGGCCCUAUGGGCUUGCCUGAGAUGUUCGCGCGGGGAUUGUUAGAACGGAGCGAGAGCCUUGGGAUUAACAAGACCGUGAUGAAUGCAGUAUCUGAACUGAAGCGCAAUCUCCCUGACCUGGCUACUUCGCUCGCGCGACUUCCGAUGGCGCCCCAAACUUCUUAUGCAGCAUAUCCCCUUGUUGACGAGAGGCCGCCCCUUGAACGCCCACCAUGGGAGCCGCGCUCGAGGUUUGAGAUAGAGCGCGAGACAUCCGACAUGCGCGCUUUUCAGCGGAGAUUGGGCGAUUCUGUUGGAUGGAUCGUAGACACGCUUUUGCAAGACGAGGGAGGCUCUAACGACGAAGACGUGAAAGUCAUUCGAAGUCGUAAACGAGAGGCUUUGGAGUGUCUGUCGUACGUGCGAGACGUGCUCAAGGGGAGUGUUACGGAUGUGGAAGAGGACCGACUAGUGGGGGAAGAGGAGUCUAGGCGGAGGCAGGCACUGAAGGAGCAACGUGAGAAGGAGGCUGAGGAGGCCGUCAACCGCGAACGUCCCAUCCCAGCGCCCCCACAGCCGGCUGCUCAACUUCCUGCUGCGUCCAGACUGCACUCGAUUCCACAAGCUGCGCGUCUUCCGGCAGGAAUCGUCCCAUCGAGUCAGCCCUUUGCGCGUUCGCCACCCCAGUCUACGAUGUUAGCUCCAGCGCAAACCGUCACUCGGUCCAUUGUUCCCUCGACAGGCACCUCUCCGCCACAGCGCGGUGUAAGAAUUGCGCCAUGGAACUACACUCGGUCUGACUUUUCGAGCAGGAACUCUCCAAUUACGACACUUCCCCGGGUUCCCCCGCGCUCGUCGACGGGCCUCCCUGCGACAAGCUCUGCGGCGUCGUCCGCUUUUACACCGACACCCUCGGUACCCGAGCAACACCUUUCUCGCGAUCAAGCUCCGCGUCGAGGGGUGCAGCAGGAUCCGCUGGGUGCUCUGCCAUAG